AUGGGAGGGCACCUGCCGGUCGUCGACCUGGGCGGCCUGGAUGUGGUACAGCUAGCUCUCGGCUUUUGGCACAGCUGCGCACUACUCGCGGGAGCGACCGUCAAGUGCUUCGGCCGCGGCUUUGUCUUGGGCUUGGGAGACACGCGCUGGCAAAAUCGUGGCGACAACCCGGGCGAGAUGGGGUCGGAGCUCCCCGCCCUCGACCUCGGCACGGACUUUGAACCUGUGGAGCUGACUGCCGGGGCUUACCAUACCUGUGCACUGUCACGCCGCGGGACUGUGAAGUGUUGGGGUUACGCUUACCUUCUUGGCCUGGGAUGGUCUGCGGCGGCAGGCUACAUCGGCAGCAGGCCCAAUGAGAUGGGCGAUUCUCUGCCUACGCUGGACUUGGGAGCACUUCCCGCCGUGCAGAUCUCUGCAGGCGUGGUGCACACCUGCGCAGUUUUGGUCGAUGGCUCGGCCAGGUGCUGGGGCGAGAGUGAUCUCGGGCAGCUCGGGCACGGGACGACAGAACCAGGCCACGGUGCUGGAAAGGAGGGAAUUGAUGCCUCUGAACUAAUUGAAUAA